AUGCGAAUGCGAAAAUCUGCGGCGCUUCAGAGUAAGCAUACCGCGGCAGAUGUCAGCCUACUCCAACGCAGGCACACGAAUCACGCUCUGGCAAAGAUUGAGCCCAUUAGCGCGGAGGAGCUGUUCCUCCGUCCCGACUAUCCAGACUCGAAUGGAGAACUGUUCGACGACUUGGACCUCGUCCCGAAGACCAGAAAGUCCAGAAUCAGCUUCAAACCGACCAGGCCCGUCAAGCGGGUCUCGAAACCACUCGCAGCAGCAGUAGCAGCAGACACCCCGCUCUUUCCGAUCGAAAUAGACAGCGCGGUGUCGAAGAAACUUCCCGAGGGCUAUCGCAUACGCUCGCUGCAAAGAAGUGACUACUCUAAAGGCUACACCAAGCUAAAGGGAAUCGGCAAGAUAAAACCAGAAGCUUGGGAUGCACGAUGCGAAUACAUGCGCUCGAGAAGCGACGUCUACACGAUCCUUGUCAUCGCCAAUGACGCCGGGAGAGUGUGUUGUACAGGAACCCUGGUCCUGGAGCGCAAGCUGACAUACGACAUGUCUAUCGUUGGGCACAUUGAAGACAUCAUCGUGGCAGAAGGWCAUCGAGGCAAGAAUCUGAGUUACAGGAUGCUCAGCCAGCUGGAUAGGAUUGCGUACGCAGCAGGGGCUACACGUACGAUUGCUUGCACCCAGAGUCCGAACAUCCCAUUCUACGCCCAGAAGAACUUUGUAGAAACCGGUAUUGAGAUGACGCGAUCGUUUGUGUCUGGUUCUGAUGCAGAAGACGACGAUGAGAGAAAGCAAGGCGAAUACGAAGACGAGGACGAGGAGAGGGACCAAGACGGAGACGGAGAUGAGGAGAGAGACCAAAACGAAUAUGAAGAGAGAAACAAGAGUCGCAGUCCAAGUUUCGAUCGAUUAGACGCAGAGCUAGCAUCCUCCACCGUGAGACUCGGCGAGGUUAAAACGUCAACACCAAGGCCGACUUCGAGCCAGAGCCAGAGCUCUUGGAGCGUAAUUUCUGGAUCCGUCGACCAUCACGGACUAUAUUGA